CCGCCCCCUUGAGCGCCCCGCGGCCCCCGAGGAACCCUCUGGCAGUCUCUGCGGUGGCUACGGCCGGGGCCGACGAUACGACGCGCGCAGGCGCGGAGCCUAGACCUCGCUGCAGCCCCCAUUGCCUCAGGGAGUCGCACCCUCGGAGUACGCCCGCUGGCGCGUCAGUGCUCUCCCUCUCGUCCACCCUCGCGGAUUCCCCCAGCGCCCUACGCGCCCGGAUGGCGGAGCUGCGGCCUAGCGGCGCCCCCGGCCCUGCCGCGCCCCCGGCCCCUGGCCCUACUGCCCCCCCGGCCUUCGCUUCGCUCUUCCCCCCUGGACUGCACGCUAUCUACGGAGAGUGCCGCCGUCUGUACCCUGAGCAGCCCAAUCCUCUCCAGGUUACCGCUAUCGUCAAGUACUGGUUGGGUGGCCCAGACCCUUUGGACUAUGUUAGCAUGUACAGGAACGUGGGGAGCCCUUCUGCCAACAUCCCUGAGCACUGGCAUUAUAUCAGCUUUGGCCUGAGUGACCUCUAUGGCGACAGCAGAGUCCAUGAAUUUACAGGAACAGAUGGACCCAGUGGUUUUGGCUUUGAGUUGACAUUUCGUCUGAAGAGAGAAACAGGGGAGUCUGCCCCACCAACAUGGCCUGCAGAGCUAAUGCAGGGCUUGGCCAGAUACGUGUUCCAGUCAGAGAACACCUUCUGCAGUGGGGACCAUGUGUCCUGGCACAGCCCUUUGGAUAACAGUGAGUCAAGAAUUCAGCAUAUGCUGCUGACAGAGGACCCGCAGAUGCAACCUGUGCAGACACCCUUUGGGGUAGUUACCUUUCUCCAGAUUGUUGGCGUCUGCACUGAGGAACUCCACGCAGCCCAGCAGUGGAACGGGCAGGGCAUCCUAGAGCUGCUGCGAACAGUACCUGUCGCUGGCGGCCCCUGGCUGAUAACUGACAUGCGGAGGGGAGAGACCAUAUUUGAGAUCGAUCCACACCUGCAACAGGAGAGAGUUGACAAAGGCAUCGAGACAGACGGCUCCAACCUGAGUGGUGUCAGUGCCAAGUGUGCCUGGGAUGACCUGAGCCGGCCUCCUGAGGACGAUGAGGACAGCCGGAGUAUCUGUAUUGGCACUCAGCCACGGAGGCUGUCAGGCAAAGACACGGAGCAGAUCCGGGAGACCCUGAGGAGAGGACUUGAGAUCAACAGCAAGCCUGUCCUUCCACCAAUCAAUCCUCAGAGGCAGAACGGCUUCACCCACGACCGGGCCCCGAGCCGCAAAGACAGUCUGGAAAGCGACAGUUCCACAGCCAUUAUUCCCCAUGAGCUGAUCCGCACGAGGCAGCUUGAGAGCGUACAUCUGAAAUUCAACCAGGAGUCAGGAGCCCUCAUUCCUCUCUGCCUAAGGGGCAGGCUCCUGCAUGGACGGCACUUUACAUAUAAAAGUAUCACAGGUGACAUGGCCAUCACAUUCGUCUCCACGGGAGUGGAAGGUGCCUUUGCCACCGAGGAGCACCCUUACGCAGCGCAUGGACCCUGGUUACAAAUUCUGUUGACUGAAGAGUUUGUAGAGAAAAUGUUGGAGGACUUAGAAGACUUGACUUCUCCUGAGGAAGUUAAUUAUUGGCGGUACAAGGGGAAAGAAGGGGUCACCGAACUCCAGCAACUUGACUCCAGCCACCCACCCGGGUCUAGCAUUUGCGAUUGAAGCCAGUUCAAACUUCCCAAAGAGUACAGCUGGCCUGAAAAGAAGCUGAAAGUCUCCAUCCUACCUGAUGUGGUGUUUGACAGUCCACUGCACUAGCCUGGGCUGGGCCCUGCAGGGGCCAAGGGAGAGCCCAGCUGCUCCCCGAUGACUUCCAGUGUAACAACGCGUUAAAGAGAUUCCCACAAAUAAAAGGACAAGCGUGAGGAUGACCACACAGCCACCACACCUGCAGCCCAGUGGGAUACUGUGUGGAGGCCACAGGCCCCCACCUCACCGGCAGUUCAGCGGCCUCACCCCUCAGCUGACCAAGCCCAUGGGCCCAGGACCAGGUCUCGCUGGGCCAUGAGUGGACAAAUGCAAACCUUCCUCUCCUGCUGCCACCACAGGUUCUGGUUUGAGAUUUGACUCUGGACCUUUGAUGUGCCCCUAGGUGGAGACAGGCCUCAUUCCUACCUAACUCAUCGCCAGGCAGCCCCGCAGGAGGGAGGUGGAGUGGCCAUGUGGGCGCACUGCCAGCUCAACUCUGGAAAGCCUUUCCCAGUAGUCAAGCUUCCCUGACCACAGAAUAAUUCUUCCAAUCAUGUUUGAUUUUCUUCCUCCUUAUUUUAUUUUGUAGAAACCGGAUGGUAUUUUAUUGUCUUCAAAAAUGUCCAGAAGUCAUGUAUAUAAUGUUUUUUAAACAGAACUUUAUCCCCAGAUGAACUUUCUCAUUCUCUCAGACAGGGGCCUGGGGCCAUCUCCCCCUGAACCGCUGCCAGAGAAGGAGCUAGUGUUCACCUGCCAGCCCAGGGCCCUGAGGAGCCAGCUUCAGAGAGGCUUUGCUUCUCAGCUUGGGCUAGUGGAGCCUAGGGCAGGGUGAGAGCUGAGACACUCCAUCAGGCAGCCUUGAGCCCAGUUUAGCUGGGGCCAGGAAGGGGUGCCACUGGUCCCAGGGGCACUGGCCUUGACAAAGCUCAAUGACCUUCAGGGUCUCAGAGACUUGGUGGCCCCAGCCUCAUCUUUCAGGCCUUUUCUACCCAACCAGGCUUGACUGAGAGAGCGAGCGAGGCCCAGCACCUCAACAGACCAUCCCAACCCUGCCACUUGGGGCCUGGGUCUCCAGCUCUUUGACCACUCCUGUCCCAUUUCCUUAUCCCUUGAGCCUCCCAGCCUCCAGGCUGCAAGACUCUGGCUUAUUAAAAAUGGAAAAAUCAAUUUAUCAACAUGUUUUCACUUUGAUUUGCAAACGCUGCACUCUGCUGCCCUCCCGUCCUCCCUGUGUCCUUCCAUUUCUCAUCUUUCGUGUCCAUUCCUUGCCCUGUCUCCAUUCCUGCAUCUUGGUCUCUUGCUGGUCUUAGUCCCUUGCCCCAAAUAUGGAUCUCAUGGUUUUCCUCCCAGAAGCAACCUAUCUUUGGCCCAUGGUUUUAGGGUUCCUAUAGGUUUAUCUCCCUCUUCUGACCUGCAAUCAACAAGCCUCUUUCAUACCCCCUCACCCCUGACUCUAGGGACUGCUGUUUCAAGAUCCCCCUUCAGGCCUUUUCAAAGCAAAGUCCUUUUGUCUGUCAGCGACCUCACAGGACCACGCAGUGCCCCUGUCUGCACCCACGACACAUAUGGACACCACCCCAGUGCCACAGGGGCCCAUGUGAUGAGAGGUCCAGCCAAAGAUCUGCCCUCAAGGAUCAUGAGGGCAGCAGCUGGGCUCUCCAGGGAGCAGAAUUUCGACCUACAAGGGGCAAUUAGGGCCUGGCCUCUUCUCUGCACACAUCGCCAGGGCUACCUGGUUAACUCCAUUACACACAGAGCUUCAGGGUGGAUCAUACAAGGAAUGUAAGGAGAUAAGCUCCAGGCCCCCACCAGCAAAGAUGGAAGCUUCUCUCGACCUGAUGUCAGCAGCAGCUGUGCCUUCUGCUCUGAGGACUUAUCCAAAAGGGCAUUUCCUGACCUUUGCCUACCAUAGCAUCCUCUGAAGUUCUUGUCUUCUGAUGUUUGGUGGCCAGAGAGGUGCCAUCAGCUUGCCUCCUUUCUGCCACCCUGACCUGCCCCUCCAUAAAUUCUUACUUUCUGGGGACCUGCCUCCACCUGUCUGGUUUGGGUGGGGCAAGAAAGGGUAUUUUCUGAGCUAAGCUUUGUCAUCAGUAUGAGAGGCAGGAAGGAAGCAGGUGAGCUCUGAGAUGAUCAGCCCAUGAAGCCAGUGGCCCCUUCUUGCCCCACCAUGUCAGGAACCUCCAAGGUCCAGCUGGGGCCAGGCCUCCAUCUCCUUUCCCUACAAUUCACUGGCUCUGGGGGAGUGGCAGAGUGCCUACCAUCUCUCUCCAGACCUUCUCUUGGGUGGUGGUGCCUUCAGGAGGUUUCUUGAGGAGGAGGCUCUCCAAUGAGCUUUUGGCUGGUGAGAAGGACCCUCAUUGAGGACCACGUGAGGCUGACUGUAGCAUGCCCAGUACAGCGCACCUCACAUAUAGUGGUUGCUCACUAAAUGUACCCCUUCUUUUCCUUCCUGCAGCUCUUUGGGAGUUGUGGCAGUGAGAUGGACAGGUAAGAAGCCUCCAUCCCUAAAUCUGCCUGUUCCAGAGGCUUCCCUGAGGCUUGCCCAGUCCUACCCCCUCCCUCUAGGUCACUUUUAGAAGGAAGUUUCUGAGAGGAAGGGGCUCCCCCAUGCUGUGUGCCUGCUACAUAAGGCCGACUCCUGUGGCUUCUCCAGUCCACUGCGGGCUGCAAGAGGACCACAGAUCCAGCUGCCACUCUGCGGGACUGGAGAGGCUCAGGCACGGUCUCAGGUCUGACCAGGGAGCUGGUGCCUCUUCCUGCUCUUCUCCUCCUCUUCCAAAGGCAAGACUUCAGGGCAGCGACUAAGCAAUCCUGGAGAAAGUCUAAAGGGCUAGAGUGUUUUUAAAAAUAAACACAGGGUCUUGGGACUGGGUUUUGAGAUUGAAUUGAAAGCAGGGAAAAAAACCUGAAGGUCAGUGCCCCUAUGGGGCAGACCAGUAGGGAAUUCCCUUAACUGUAUUUUUUAAUCUGGUUGUCUUUCCUCUCUGGCUUCCAGGUCUUCCAUGACAGGUGAGGUACCUGGGUCCCUGUUACAAAUCAGGAGCCCUGUAGAGAGAGCUUGCCUUUUGUACAAGUACAUGAAUGCUGCAAUGAGCAGACUUUCGUAAAAAUUUUAUAUUAGUUUCUAAUGUCAAUGGUGACUCGGUUCCUGGGGGCUGUAGCUAGCCUGGGACUUUUGUAAGAAUUUUUGGGUGACUCACUUAGAUGUCAUUUCCUUCUUGCCCCCUCUUCCUCUGUAUAAUCUAAGUGCAUUAAACAUAUUUGCAGAA